AUGAAUUCUUUCCCAUCUUCACAGCAGACAGAAGGUUUGUGUCAGGCAAGCAUGAAGUUGGUGGCUGUAACUUUCUGUGUCUUCUACUUUCAGUUUGAAGCCCUGUACGGAGUUGAUAGCUGCUCGUCAAGACCAUGCAAAAAUAUAGAUCAGCUUCAUGUCUCUGACCCCCAGGUGAUGGUGGAAUUUGAAAAGGGAAACUUCAGGUUCACAUUCCCCAACCCCAAAAAUGUAAGUGAGUUCAGCAUGACUCUCUUCAAAGGGCAUGAGAAGAAGGAGAUCUGUGCACUCCAUUUGAGUGAGAAGAAAGUUAUCCCCAAGAGUAAUGUCACCUACUGUCAGACAGAGCAUUCAAAUAGCAGCACCACUUUCAUUCUUAAAAAUCUGGAAAGAAAGCAUACCAACAUUUAUACCUACUGCCUGGAGAUGUUCUUACCCCCUCCUUAUAGAGAUUGCCGUCUGAAAGAAACCUAUUUGUACAUCCAAGAUAAGGAAGACUGCAUUUCACUGGGAUUCAUGCCAUGGAUAAUUAUUGGCCUGAUCAUGUUUGCAAUGACUUCCUGUAUCUGCUGUGUGGUAGCCUGUUGCUUAAGGAACAAGAAUCAGCAGUGUGAAUCCAACUCCCAUGAGUACAACAGUGAAUACAUGCCCAUGGCAGCAGUGAAUGCAGCUAAAAAAACAAGAAUCUGAGGUAUAAGUUCCUUGUGGCGUGGAAAUUCUGGCAGCAGAGGUUUUCAGCUACUUGAACCUGGAAAAUGGGAAAUCAGCAUUUCCUCACCUUUCCCAGGCUCCCUGAGCUCUCGUGAUGGGACACCCAUCUCAGUCAUGAGACACCCACUCUAGUACUGUUGUGAGCUGUGUUUUGCUCUAGCUUUAUGUGUUAGGUGGCACACUGCCUGAUCCACUGACUUGUACAUGAAAAGCUAACAAUGUGUUAAAGAUGUCAGCUUUUAGUUGAAGAAAAUGUAGUGAGUUUGCUUGAGAGUAGAUUUCUGUAGUGCUGUUACAGACAGAACAUUUAUUUUCUACAGUCUCCUUUAUAAGCUUUCCACUGGGGACAAAAAAAAAAGACUACCUCCAAUGCCAAUCCUUGUUGCACAGCCACGAACCACUGUUGACAUGCCCUUUUGUUAGGGCUAGUUUAGCCUGAUGCUCUUAAUUCAUCCUCAGAUACACUGUCAAACUUCUUAGCACCUCACUAGGAGAGUAUGGCAUGCACACAUGCUCUCCUGCACCAAGCUGUGGGACAACAGGGAACCAAAACCUGAGAGAGUGCAGCAGAAACUUCACUGUGACACAGUACCUCCGGUAUGAGCAUCUGCACUUUUCAUAUUUGUGCUACCAAUACAUCUUAGCCGUUCACACCUUGGGGCUCCUCUUACUUAAUUAAAUUCUGAAUUCUUUUACUAACAGAGGAACAUAUUACUUUCAAGACUGCAAUUGUUCUUUAAGUCAGUUCAGACCUGCAGGAUCAGUCCCUAAGCUAUGAGGCACAAUCUCUCCUAUUCACAUGUCUUGCAGCACAAAUACAACACAGUCCAUAAGGCCAGCAUAUUCACAGACUCUGCAUUGCAAUUAUCUUCCUCUUGUGCUUUGACAUGAAACCUUUACCACUUCCCCAGUGGGUUCAGAGGUUACUUGGCCUGCCUCAGACUGCUUCAGUAUGAAUGAAAUGAUCAAUCCUUCAUGCUCCUUGUGAAAUCCAUCGAAACUCUGACCAUAAAUGACCACCUGGGAAUCCAGCCUGGAUGUGUUGCCAGACACCAUUUGGCUGCUGGAAGCAGAGCAGUGCAUUGAUUCUGAGUCACUCUGUAAUUCAUUGAAAAAACAAGUAUCAGUCAGAGGACACUAUUGUGAAAGAUACAUAGCCCGCUUGUCUGGCAGACAGAAGGCUGGUUUCAAAUUUGAUAUGGCAAACAGGCACUGUCAGGCAUGAAGAGGACAUAUAACCUGUUAUGUCAGAUCGGGGGUUUCCUCAACAAACACCUAAAUACAUAGAAAUAUUGCAGAGAGAAGGUGCAAAUUGUUAACUGUGACAUUAAGCAAAGGGGAAAUGAGUAAAGCAUCAAAAGAAGUGGGGACUGCCAAUUUCAUGCAGGGUACCCUGCUUAGAUAACCAGCUCCUAGGCAGAGAUAU